AUGGAUCCGGAGAUUCCCGACCCUGUCCGCCCUGCGACUGAGACAUCGUCAAAAGCGGAUCACCUUUGCGUGCUAGUUCACGGACUAUGGGGCAACCCUUCUCACAUGGGCACCAUCGCAUCUGCCCUGCGGAAACGCUACGAUGAGAGUCAACUACACAUCCUCGCCGCGGAGUGCAACACCGGAAAUCUCACGUACGAUGGCAUUGAAGUGUGUGGAGAGCGACUCGCCCAGGAGGUGGAAGAGACACUGAGCAAACUAGAGACCGAUGGGCACAGGAUCCAGAAACUGAGCGUGGUCGGAUACUCGCUCGGAGGACUGAUAUCGCGAUACGCGAUCGGCUUGCUGUUUGCCCGGGGCUGGCUUGACAAUGACAAACUAGAACCGGUCAACUUCACGACAUUUGCAUCCCCGCACCUCGGAGCUCGCGCUCCAGUUAGGGGUGCACAGAAUCUGCUCUUCAACGGGUUAGGUUCGCGGACAAUAUCGACUUCCGGGAAACAAAUGUUCUUGGCCGACACCUUCCAGGACACAGGAAAGCCGCUGCUCAGUGCUCUCGCCGAUCCUAACAACAUCUUUAUAGAAGGACUGAAGAGAUUUAAGCACCGAUGUGUUUAUGGGAAUGUGGUCAACGACCGCACCACGGCCUUCUAUACCACAACCUUCUCAAGCGAAGACCAUUUCAGGGACUUGGGUAACAUGAACAUCAACUACCUGGAGGGGUAUGCGCCAGUGGUUAUUGACCCAGACGUGUAUAAACUACCCAUAGCAGAGCUAAAGGAGCGACCUCCUUUUCCGUCGCGGAUAUGGCAGAGCAUUCGAAACUUCUUCAGCAAGUUGCCGUUCUGGCUCUUCUUCUGCCUUAUCCUGGUGAUUGCCAUUCCAAUCUUCCUUGUCUACUCCGUCCGGGAGACUUUCCGCAGCCGCGAACGCAUCCGCGAGCACGAACAGGGCACUGGGAAUACCUUCAGGAGUUAUCGCGUACCCCGUGGCCUUAGGAGAAUCCAGACUGCGAUGGACGAGGUCUUUGAGAAUGCAGCAGCAAGACAAGAUCCCGACUAUAUACCCCCCAGCGCAGCUCCCGCAGACCUAGAGUCUCAGGCAGAGUCCUCUAUCGACAAGUCCGAGACGCUAGAUGAUUCACCACCUGGGACAUCCCCAGCAGAAAACUCGACCGACAACACAACCAAAGUAAAGAAGGCCAGAUGUGGAGAAAAAAGCCCCACCCUAGCCCUUACCCCGGAUCAAUUCUCCAUGAUCAAGUCUCUCAAUGCCGUCGGUUUCCGCAAGUACCCAGUCUACAUCCACAACCACGAGCGUACCCACGCGGCGAUCGUGGUUCGAGUAGAUGAUCCGGGCUACGCAGAGGGCCACACCGUGAUCAAGCAGUGGCUUGACCAAGAAUUCAGACUAUGA